CAGCACACACAAGUAGGUGAGAAACAAACAAAACAAAAAAAAAACCUCAAUAAGAGCAAUAGUGAAGCAAUUUGUCCACUAGAGAUCUCUCGAGGAGCCAAAAAGUUUGAGAAUUUGCAGUCAGUAUGGGCUACUGCUCUGUUGUUGUCUCUUCUGGGCCUUGAAAGGAUCUUUUCUUCUUCAGCUCACCUUUUUAGUACUACUAUAAACCCAGAAAAAAGAAUCCUCUGUUUCUUCUGUUCCUCAAUCAUUUGUUUUCUUCUAAUUAUAAUUCUUCUGGAGAAAUCUCGUCUCUUUUCUUUAUCGCCAUGGCUCUCUCAACUCCUCUUUCUCAGAUGUCCGUUGCUCUUCCAACUGGGAUUGAUGGGUCGACUCGAUCUAUGAUCAAGCUGCAGAGUCAAAGUUUCACUGAGAAGUCAUGGGGUCCUCGGCUGAGACUAGAUUCUAAAUCUAGAAGCUUUAGUGUGAAGAAACGGUCCACAGUAUGUAUGUCACUUCAGCAAGCAAGCAAAUCCAAAGUCUUGGUUACUCCUCUAGAACUUGAAGAUCCAAAAGAGACUCCGUUGAACUUGUACAGGCCUAAGGAGCCUUACACAGCAACUAUUGUUUCGGUUGAGAGAAUUGUUGGUCCGAAAGCACCUGGAGAGACUUGCCACAUUGUUAUUGAUCAUGAUGGUAAUGUUCCUUACUGGGAAGGACAAAGCUAUGGAGUGAUUCCUCCUGGUGAGAAUCCCAAGAAACCUGGUGCACCUCACAACGUUCGCCUUUAUUCGAUUGCGUCAACAAGGUAUGGAGAUUCUUUUGAUGGGAAAACAGCUAGUCUGUGUGUCCGUCGAGCUAUUUACUAUGAUCCAGAGACAGGAAAAGAAGAUCCUUCCAAAGCUGGUGUAUGCAGUAACUUCUUGUGCAAUGCCAAACCUGGUGAUAAAGUUAAAAUCACCGGUCCGUCUGGAAAGGUAAUGCUGUUACCUGAAGAUGACCAGAAAGCUACUCACAUAAUGAUUGCUACUGGAACCGGAGUUGCUCCAUACAGAGGAUACCUACGGCGUAUGUUUAUGGAGAACGUUCCUAAUUUCAAGUUUGAUGGACUCGCGUGGCUAUUCCUUGGUGUGGCUAACUCAGACAGUCUUCUCUAUGAUGAAGAAUUUUCCGGUUACCUCAAGGACUAUCCAAAGAACUUCAGGUACGACAAAGCGCUGAGCAGAGAAGAGAAGAACAAGACAGGAGGGAAGAUGUAUGUGCAGGACAAGAUUGAAGAAUACAGCGACGAGAUCUUCAAACUUCUGGACAAUGGAGCUCAUAUUUACUUUUGCGGGCUUAAAGGAAUGAUGCCUGGGAUUCAAGAUACGCUUAAGAGGGUCGCUGAAGAGCGAGGCGAAAGCUGGGAGCAGAAACUCACUCAGCUCAGGAAGAACAAGCAGUGGCAUGUUGAAGUGUAUUGAGUUAAUAGUAUUAGUCUCUGUGGUUUUUAACAUUUUCUGCAACUGAAUAAUCGUGUCAAUUAAUGAACACAGGGUAACUAAACUACAACGCUGCAGCAGAUGAAACAAUCAAAAAAGUCCCAAUAUAUCUUUCCUCUAAUU